AUGCUGUGCUGGCGGGCGGCAUCGGCCAUCUCUGCGGGGAGUGGGUGGUGGGCGCCCUGUGUGUGCGGCCGCCGUCGCUUCCUCUCCAUGGCGAAAAGUAAGUUCGAGUAUGUGCGGGACUUCGAGGCGGAUGACACCUGUCUGCCCAACUGCUGGAUCGUGGUCCGUCUGGACGGCCGCAACUUCCACAGGUUUUCUGAGCAGCAUGAGUUCAAAAAACCAAAUGAUGACCGUGCUCUUCAGCUGAUGACGCGGUGUGCCCAGACAGUGAUGCAAGAAUUGGAGGAUAUUGCUAUUGCUUAUGGGCAGAGUGAUGAAUAUAGCUUUGUUUUCAAAAAGAAGAGUAGAUGGUUUAAAAGAAGAGCAAGUAAGUUCAUGACCCAUGUGGUCUCCCAGUUUGCCUCAAGUUACGUUUUUUAUUGGAAGGAUUACUUCAAGGACCAGCAGCUUCUGUACCCACCAGGAUUUGAUGGACGAAUUGUGUUGUAUCCCAGCAACCAAAAUUUAAAGGACUACCUGAGCUGGAGACAAGCAGAUUGCCAUAUUAAUAACCUUUAUAAUACAGUAUUUUGGAUGCUUGUACAGCGAAGUGGUUUGACACCAGUGCAAGCACAGGAUAGACUCCAGGGCACUUUGGCUGGAGAUAAGAACGAAAUCUUAUUUUCUGAAUUCAACAUCAAUUACAACAAUGAACCUUUGAUGUAUAGAAAAGGAACUGUCUUAAUAUGGCAGAAGAUUAAUGAAGUCGUGACUAAGAAAAUAAAACUGCCAAAGGAAGCAGAAGAGAAGGAAGUCGAAGUGACCCGGGCUAAGACUAAAGUUGUUCCCCUGCACUGUGACAUUAUUGGGGAUCAGUUCUGGGAGGAAUAUCCUGAGAUUCUGGCUGAGGAUAGCUGA